UGUUUCCUCUUGCUUCAGUUCAGUUCAGCUAUAGCCUACGUUGCUGGUGAACACUGAGCAGAUUCUUCAUGUCGUUUUCUUGUGCAGCUGCUCACCUAAAACAGAUACAGUACAUUUGAAGUAAUGUGUAAACACAAAUGAAGCCCUGUAAUAUUGUUUUUGUUUACAAUAAUUGGUAAUAAGUUUGACCGAUAUAAUGGUUCUUACCAUAAACCCUCUGCCUGUUAACUUUUUUCCGAGCCUGUCUAGAUCUUCAAUAGAUUUUGGAUAAAAGACACCAUCCUCUUCUAUGCUCUCCACCUGCAUUUGGGGUAACAAGAGACGGGACCAAUUACGUCAGGUGGAUCAACACUCCAACCGUCUGCAUGAGGAUGGUGAUGGAUGAUGGAUGAUGAUGAUGCAUGGUCUUGAUGAUGGAUGCCCACUGAAGAUGGGAAUAGGGGAUCAGGUGGAUUAAAACUCCAUCCAUCUGCAUGAUGAUCUGCCUUAGAGACACUCACCGGAGCUGGAAAUUGGAAUAAGCUGGUAAUGGUAGCAAACACACAUUGCGGAGAUGUCUGUACGAGUUUAACUGUGUCGUGAGAACUGGGCCAAAGACUUUGGAGCAGAUUCUCCAUAUUGUUUUUUUCAUUGUGUGCCCUCCACGAACAGAUAAUUUGUUUACCUUAAUACAUUAAAGAUAAUUGUUCCUCCAGCCUGUCCAGUUCUCCCAUGGAUGUGAGAGGAAAGACAUUUUCUUCACUUUCCAUGGACAUGGGUGCUAUGAGCUGUCUAUUUCCUGCAAGGGACUGGACUACUGAAGUCUGAUGGAUGUUCACCCCAAACAUCAUCCCUCUGGUAGAAGCUCACUGGGACAGCUGGAGCUGGAAGGGGUUGAGUUGGCACAGAGCUGGUGGUGCCUUUGGUGGAGCUGCUGGUGCCUUUGGUGGAGCUGCUGGUGCCUUCGGGGGAGCUGCUGGUGCCUUCGGGGGAGCUGCUGGUGCCUUCGGGGGAGCUGCUGGUGCCUUCGGGGGAGCUGCUGGUGCCUUCGGGGGAGCUGCUGGUGCCUUCGGGGGAGCUGCUGGUGCCUUCGGGGGAGCUGCUGGUGCCUUCGGGGGAGCUGCUGGAGCCUUCGGGGGAGCUGCUGGAGCCUUCGGGGGAGCUACUGGAGCUUUCGGAGCUGGUGGUGCCUUUAAUGGAGCUGCUGGUGCCUUUGGUGGAGCUGCUGGAGCCUUCGGUGGAGCUGCUGGAGCCUUCAGUGGAGCCUUCGGCAGAGCCUUCAGUGGAGCCUUCGGUGGAGCUGCUGGAGCCUUCAGUGGAGCUGGUGGAGCCGUCGGAGCUGGUGGAACCUUCAAACUCUGCGCAGGCUGUGGUGUCUCCAUCGUCCUUACACUCCUCAGCAGCCGGUCCAAAUCUUUGUAUGGAGGCCACCAUGCAUGUCCAUCAGAGAUCCAUGGUUGUGCUAUAGGACCGGUUGUUCCCUCUUCUAUAAACUCAACUAUCAGAAUUCUGUUGAUGUUGUUGAAAUGGUGUCAACAAGAUGAAUGCCAAGUGCUGAGGAUGGCAGGGGAUAUUCAAAAAAAUUUUUGUGGCUGUUAAAGAAAACCUCCUGACAAUCUGACUAAGGGGGCAUGUAGGCUUUCGCAAAAGUCUCUUCAGUUUAUUGAGCCCGACAGCCUACAAGUUAGAGGACCCAGCCGUAGCCACAAGAGGAGAAGCCGCCGCAUGACUCCAAGGCACACAAGGUGCAUAUAAUCAAGGGGGAAUCCAUAGACCAUGUCCAGUGAAGUUUUUUCUAGAGGUAAACACCAUCCUGAAUGCACCUUUCACACCCAUGGUAGCCUGUGUGACCUUUUACGCUCUUCAGAAAAGCACGUGCAGAUGAAAUCUCCAAGAUAUUCCUCCAGUGAGUUGGGUUUACUGGCUCCACAAAAUAAACCUACUGUCACAGGUUCAAAUGUUGCUGACGGAGUAUGCCAAGUAAAGAAUUUAAUGCAACAUGUGGAAUUUUAUGAUUUGUUGCCCAAGUUGCCAAGUCAUCCUGUAAAGAAUUGCACAUUUCAGACUCUGUGUCAGAGUCUGUGUCAGACUCACUGUCAUUUAAAGAACUUGCGGUAUUGACACAUUCUGGCUCAUCAAUAUAAGACAGACAAUCCAUAAAUUCAUCAUCUUCAACUGUGUUAGUGUCACUGUGCAUGCCACCAAACUCAUCCUCCCAUGAUGAUGACGAUUCGUGCAGUGACUGCAGUUGCUUGUCCACCUCAGCUUUAGCUUUUCUUCGCAUUGUCCAGUAAGACAUUUUUUUGCAAGCCAUGCUUGUAAAAGAUAAAGAAAAAUACAAAAGUUGAACUGACCUAUUCUGUGUAAUGUGGUGGUUCUCAAUUCCAGUUUUGCAAGAAUUCCGCAUUUCACAUUUUGGAUAUUUCAUUUAGUAACUUAGGGUGUUUAGUAAUUCAGAGUAACCCCUUAGAGUAAAUAAUAAGGCACUUUGAACUGAACAGGGCAUAAUAGAUGAGAGAGACAUUUAGAAUGUAGUGCUGCGUGUUCCCAAGACCAGACUUAAGAACCACAGGCUGUAUGCAGUGAACUGUUAAGUGUACAUACCUUUUGUUUUCGACAGUUUGAACUUCGGUCACUGUUGUAGAAUAUAAUGUACUUUCUAUAACUGGGAAGACAACAUAACAUUGACACACAAAAAUCAUUGUAAUUACUUUGUUGUGGCUCAUUAGUAUUCAAAAGGCUAAUGGAAUCUUUGUGGUCUUUUUAGAUAAUGUGGAUUUUAAUUUAACCAUUCUUCCUAGUUACAUUGACUACAGAAUAAUUGUUUAAACUCUUCCUGAAGGGCAGCAACCCUUCCAAGUUUAAAGGGCUGUUUACACUUUAAAGGUCACUAGAAUGUUAACUGUAACAAUAACCAUAUUAGUGUCAUGUUGUUCUAACUGUUUAUGAAUUUCUUUCCUUUGUUGAAUAGAAAAGAAGAUAUUUUGAUAAAUGAUUGUAAGCACAAAGUUGAUGGUCCCCCCUUUGACUUCCAUAGUAUUUGUUUUUCCUACUAUGGAAGUCAGUGGGUACCGUCAGCUGUGUAGUUAACAUCAAUUAUCAAAAUAUCCUCUCUUGUAUGCAACAGAAUAAAGAAACUCCUACAGAACCAUUUAAUGUCAGUUUGCAGGUCUUGGAGAUAAAGUAUGUCUCAAAGAUGCACAAAAGGAUGUCUGGCAUACAAACAACCAUGUUUGUUCUAUCUAUUAUUUUGCAGUUCUUUCAUUGAUUCACUAGUUUCAAUUAAGUGACAUUAUUUUAUUUCAGGUAUCUGUUAUGUUGUUCACUUAAAAGUGAGGUCAAAGGGAUUUUGUUAUGUUUUUGUUUUUAUGUUCCCCACAAUUACAAAUCAGUAUUACUAAUGUACUAUUAGUAUAAAUAUUAACUUAUCUCAUACAUAUUGGGGUAGUUUCCUAGACAGGGUUAAGAUUAAUCCAGGACUAGGCCUUAGUUAUAUUUGGAAAUUUGAAGGGAGAGUUCACCCAAAAAUGAAAAUUAUGUCAUAAUUUUGUUAUAAACCUGUAUGAGUUUCUUUUGACACA